UACUCCUGCUAUCUGGUCACACACCGCUGACUGUCAUCAAACGCAUACAGCCGGAGCUAGAGCAGUGAGUCUCUUUGCAGUCAGACUACAGUACAGUAGCUCUCAAGAGUGUUAUCGGUGCUAGGAGUGUAGGAGGCGUGUUUGCAAUCUCAGGCUUCAGCUGAUUUCUUCAUUUUCUUCUUGAGCUGGGAACAAGAGAUGCUGGCAAUUUACAGUGGAAUUAACAGAAAAUACUGAAGAGGGGAUUCCAGGCUUAUUUUCCUUUUUAUUUUUUAUUUUUCUGAAUCAUCUGAACACUGCUGAGCAUAUUUGUUUCCUGCGAGGGGAAUACAUAGAAUACAUUUUAACAAAAAACUGGGUUACAAAGUUGGCCAAGAGUUUUUUUUUUUGUUUUUUUUUUCUUCUGUUGGUGUAUCUACAGCAUUUGGGUGGCCUGCUGUUUUUUUUUUUUUUUUCCCCCUGAAGACAGGCUUGAGGAUUUGUACCCCUUUUUUUGUUCUUCCCCAACGGUGGGUGCAGUUGAUUGAGGAUGACGGAUGUUCUGGUCGCCGACUGUAACCUGAACUCUGUGUGCGAGCGUCUGGAGCAUUGCUGUGUGGAGACGAGCGUCACGGAGCCUGAAACUAAAAGACAGUCCAACACCGGGGCCAAGCUGUGGGGUCGAGUACGGAACAAACUGCUCAGGCAAAAGCUGGACCCACAGACGGUGCAGUCCAAGAACUGGCACAUGGACGUAAUAGAGAUGAACGGGAUUAAGGUGGAGUUUUCAAUGAAGUUUACAAGUCGGGACUUGAGUUUAAAGAGAACUCCGUCGAAAAAACAGAGUGGAGUCUUUGGAGUCAAGAUUGGCGUGGUUACAAAGCGGGAACGCUCCAAGGUGCCUUACAUAGUCCGGCAGUGCAUUGAGGAGGUGGAGAAGCGCGGAAUCGAGGAGGUUGGGAUCUACAGGAUUUCCGGAGUCGCUACAGACAUUCAGGCUCUGAAAGCAGUGUUCGACACCAAUACCAAAGAUAUCUUGGUGAUGCUGAGUGAGAUGGAUAUCAACGCCAUAGCCGGGACUCUGAAGCUGUACUUCAGAGAGCUGCCAGAGCCGCUGCUCACAGACAGGCUGUAUCUGGCGUUCAUGGAGGGAAUAGCUCUCUCGGACCCUGCUGCCAAGGAGAACUGCAUGAUGCACCUUCUCCGCUCCCUGCCCGAACCUAACCUCAUCACCUUCCUGUCCUUGCUGGAGCACCUGAAGAGAGUUGCAGAAAAGGAGCCCAUCAAUAAGAUGUCCCUGCACAAUCUGGGCACAGUGUUCGGCCCAACGCUGCUCAGGCCCUCAGAAGUGGAACAGAAAGCACACAUCAAUCUGGCCUCUGAUAUUUGGUCACAUGAUGUUAUGGCACAGGUCCAAGUGCUGCUGUAUUAUCUUCAGCACCCCCCGAUUUCCAUCGCAGAGCUGAAACGUAAUACACUCUACUACUCCACUGAUGUGUAGACCCAGGGCAGGCUGAGGAGGGAGAGCCCUCUCCGCUCGCACCGGAUCCCCGCCCCCAUUUUGACACAUACUUUUUUGUACAGGUUUAAUAGAAGAGAAAGAAACCGACACUGUGCUCCCUUUGCAUUAGUCACGUCUGGUGUACUUUGUGUUGAAGGCUCUGUUUCAUGUCUGUUUCAUAAAUGCCAAAACUGACAAAAAGCAGGAGACUUUUGAGAUUCCUGCAGACGUAUUGGCGCUUGCGUUGGUUUCCAUCGUUCGGGAAUCCAGAGGAGUUGAAGAUGUAUGUUUUGGUUCCUGCUUUGAACAGUUUGAGUUUUUCCAUCCAAUGCAUUUAACUCUGUAAAGAUGCUCUGUGGUCAACUUUGAAGCCGGAAAAGUUUCCUUCUCGCAGCUACAGCACCUGUAGCUUUUUUCAUCUAACGAUGGAGCUUGAGGACAAGGGCAGGGCAUUAAAAUAAGGACCUUUUUCCUUUGUGGCAAUGUCGUCGUUGAUAAUCCAGAAUGAUGUUUUAAGCAGGUACAGUAAUUCUCUCAAGAUGGGAGAGAAUGUGGUGUCUAGUAAAUGUUAGUAGCAUGGUGGUAUAUAAACCAGUUAGUCAUUCCAGAAUGUUCUGUUACUUGGUUUACUUCAGAGGCAUUCCAGAAAUGACCUUUCAUAUUUUAUAAAUAUUUUUUGUUAAAUGGUUUAUUUUGCUCCGUGCAUGUGGGUUGUGUAAACUGGUAGCCAAACCUGAGUUGUGAAAUAAUUCAAAUCCGGUGGAUUUUAACUGAGGAGUAUUUUAACUGAAAAUGUAUGAUAAUGGCACGGCUCUCUGUUGUGUAUGUAAAAGCAAAAAUUGCCCUAUUUAUUAAUAAAAUAUUUGGAUUAAAGGUU